ACCACUCUCCACUCUCCACUCUCACCACCCACACCAGUCUACCACUCCAGAGUAUCGUCAGCGGCGCAUCGAUCGCAUCCUCCCCACUCCUCUUCAACAGACUUACCCCAAGUUUUCGGGACAAACAGCUGUUUAUGUCCAUCGAGAAUCUCAAGACUUUCGACCCCUUCGCCGAGGCCGAUGAGGAUACUGGCGAAACCAAGCAGUCGCAGAACUACAUUCACAUACGUAUCCAGCAACGCAAUGGUCGUAAGACGUUGACGACGGUCCAAGGCUUGCCCAAGAAAUUCGACCAAAAGAAGAUCCUCAAGGUCAUCAAGAAGAAGUUCGCUUGCAAUGGCACCAUCGUGAACGACACGGAGAUGGGCGAGGUGAUCCAGCUCCAAGGCGACCAACGAAAGGAUGUGCAGGAAUUCCUCGUCGAUAAGAAGGACGGCCUAGGCCUAGACUCUAAGGACAUCAAAGUCCACGGAUUCUAGCCACCCCCAUCGCCUCACGCCGCGCCCGCCUUCAGUUCCAGUGGGACAUUUGCUCUCGCUGGCGUUUCUCCCAAGGACAACCCACUAUUGACAAUCACAGCCACAAUUACAAUCCCCUUGGUUUGCCCAUCAACUCGAGGAACGGAAGGAAGGGGGGGGCAUGAGGAUGAUACCCUGUUUCACCGGAUAGGCGUCUGUCUUACAGCCGGCUAGAAAGUGACAACGUGCUCUACUUCCUUCUGCUUUUGUUACGAUUCUUCAUGAGUUUAGGAGAGAGGGGUAUUUUAGCUAUGGUUUGCUCGCCUGCGCCAGCCAUACUGAUAACGGUGGCACACUCUUUUUCGGUCUUUUUAGUCGUCGAUCUGUCGGUCAUUCAUUUACCUAAUAGCAAUGGAAUUGUUAUGGGAUUUGAG